UGUGCCUCGCCGCGUUGCAAAGGUUAAGAUGCGAAAAGUGCCCGGAAAUGUACGCGAUAUUGGGCACUGGGUUCAUUUUAUCUGUCCCUGUUGCUGGUUUGGCCAAAGUGUAUGAGACCACUCAGAAGCGAUAAUUUCGGCAGCAAAAGCCACCGCGCUCUUGUGCGAGCGUAGGAUUCGUGCCUGAAGACGCCGCCAUGCCGGAUCACGGACAGGGACGGGUGCACCGUUUUCGCGACCACGUCGUCGCCGGCGUCAACUGGCGACCGACGCGGUUCGUCGACGAGGUGCCGAAUUCACGUGUGUGCGGCCUCUGCCGCAUGAUCCCGAAACGGACAGUACUGUUACCGUGCUCGCAUGCUAUGUGCGAAUCUUGCCACGCCGCCAGUUUUGAAGGGGGCGUCGGACAGUGUCCACUGGAUGGAGUGCAAUUCGAAGAAGCGGAGUGCGUUCUUUAUGAAUUCCCUACGAGGAUAGCGAAUAGCUUGAAGGUUUAUUGCUGGAACGAGGACCGCGGCUGCGAGUUUAUGGGCACCGUUCAGGACCUGCUGCGGCACUACGAAAACGAAUGCACCUUCCACACCGUCGAGUGUUUGCGGUGUGGCAGGGGAGUCCUGCACAGAGAUCUUCCAACACACUACGCGACCGGAUGCUGUGAUGGCCCUCCUUCCAAAGUCGCAAGACAGUCGAGCUCGAAAUCCGCGGCGCUGACGCAUCGAGACUUGAGCACAGCUCUGGAAGGCCUCAAGCCGCUGCUGUCUAACCCGUACCAGGACGACCUGCUGCCGGCAGUUCAGAGUCAGAUGAACGAGCUCGCCGAGCAGGUCGGAGGCCAGGAGGCCAAGCUCGCCGAGAUCAAGCGCGAGCUCAGAGUGCCUAAGCCCAACUUGAAGCUAGGGACGAACGAAUACGCGAGCUUGACGAUGUCCUCGGGGGCGUCGGACCAGCUACGCUUCCAGCGAGACUCGCACGAGGGAAACGCGGCGCUGCCCCUGCGCACGGAGAAGGCCCUCGUGCUUCGAAAGUUGGAGCACUUCGCCCACUUGUCGCUCGAAACGCUGGAAUACCUGCGUCAAAAUGCCUCGUACCGCGGUCAGGAGCCAGUGAUUGCGUCUUGCGAGCCUCUCCUGUCUUUCUUGGGUGCGUCCCAGAGUUUGACACAAGUACUGUCCACGGCGUCCGCGUUUGGCGAAUCGAUUGCCGGAAUGCGUUACGUGCUGAGACUCGAAAAUGUCAACCAAAUUUUUCUCUGCAAGGAGGACGACGUAAAGUUUGCCGAGGUUACGGUGUGGCACACGAGGGACACGUAUUUUACGGUUGCCGUCUGGAAGCGCAGCGAGCAUGAGGAGAGAGAGAAAGCGAGGAGAGGGAAGGCCGGCAGGGCAACCAGACGGGCGCCCGGUUUGGUCAGUUCUGAAUUCACUUUGGAGAUUGAGUUUAACGGGCUGUUGUCGAGUUCUCAUUGUGUGCUACGCGACUGGUGCGUCAAUGUGCGACGUCAGGGUCAUGGGCGCAACUUAGACGGUCCCACUGAAGAUUCUUGCUUUUGCGAGCGCGGUAACGCUGAACUUGAGCAUUUUCAUUUUAAGUUCGCUAUAGGCUGGGAUCUUCUUAAGAGGGGUGGCUUUGUGAUAGACGGAAAUAUAACGUUUGACAUCCACUUAAAUUACUCGGAUGCCGAGUCCACAAGCACCUAAUGCUUAUCACCACCGCGUGUGCUUCGUAGCGCUAUGUGCCCUCUUUUUUUUUAUUUCUUGCUUCGCAUGUUCGUGAUGCCACCUUUGCCAAGAAUUUUUGCCGACUUUCCGUAAUAAAGAAACCAUGCGGCAUAUUGCGUUUUAUUGUGCUCAUUAUUGCCGAACGAAAGAUAAUGUAAUGUCUUUAAAACUUGUUUGGCGAUUAUCCGCUUUGUUGCGUCAUUGUUUACCUUCACAGGAGCUGCCCCCUGCAUAUUUUAACCCCGGGACCAACCACCCCCUGCACGCUUACCGAUGACUUAAAAGGCUCCUGAACCACUCAUAACGUUCUGAACGCACAUCCAAUAAAAACGUGUGUCGUGCACG